AUGGCGUAUCUAGCAGGUUCUUUGCCAAGGUUGAGGAAUCUUUGGACAGACUCACUUCGAUGUUUCCAUCUGUCUUCGCUUCUCUCACAGAUACGGAUUUUCAAGCAUCCUAUUUGCACUGCGAGUGAUUACAAUCCUUUUCUCAAGCAAGAAGCUUUACCACUCUUCAAUGAAUUUCAAACCACCCAUGUAGCGCCAGCCAUCGAGAAAUUGACUGACGAUUUCAAGAGUGACUUUAUGAAGUUCGAAACAAAAUUACAAGAAUUACAUAGAGGAAAGGAAUCACUGAUUGAUCAACACUGGUCAACUAUAAUUGAACCACUAGAGAAGAUAGGCAGUCCUCUUAGUUAUGCGUGGGGAGUUACAUCACAUUUAAAUAGAGUUCGUAACAGUCAAGAAUUGAGAGAUGUUUAUGAAAAGGUUCAACCAAUGGUUGUACAAGCUUCUAUGAAAGUCUCACAGAGUGUCCCUUUAUAUGAUGCUCUCCAGAAAGUUGAAGGGUUCAGUGUGGGUCUUGAUGAAGGACAGCAAAGAGUAGUGACAUCAUUUUUAAGAUCAGCUAGAAAUGGGGGAGUGGCCCUGAGAGGAAAAGAAAAAGAAAGAUUUAAUGCUAUACAGUUGAGACUUGCUGAACUGAAAAACAAAUUCAGUAACAAUGUAUUGGAUGCAACAAAGGCCUUCUCAUUAGUUUUAACAAACCCAGAUGAUGUCAGAGGAUUGCCGGAAUCUCUUCUUCAGAUGACUGCAGAGGCAGCAGCUGCAGAAAGUCACAGAGACCUUAAAGAAGCAAGGAGAAACAUUGAUCCCAGAUCAGGACCUUGGAAACUUAGUUUGGAUUUGCCUUGCUUUGAGCCAUUCAUGAAGUACAGCCAAAAUAGAAGUCUGCGAGAACAACUGUACAUGGCUUACAUAACCAGAGCAUCGCAAGGAGAAAGUGAUAAUUCAAAUAUUAUUGAAGAAAUAAGAAAAUUAAGACAUGAGAAAGCUACUCUCCUAGGAUUUGAGAACUAUGCAAUGCUAUCACUGGACUCCAAAAUGGCUGGUAGCCCAUCUGAAGUUUGGAAAAUGAUCACUGAUUUACAUAGCAAGAGUAAAUUAGCUGCGGAAAAAGAACUAAUCAAUUUGCAGAACUUUGCUCAGGAAAAUGGUUUUGUCGAUGAUUUGAAACAUUGGGACAUAGCUUACUGGUCCCAGAAGCAAAAGGAACAUCUGUUUAGUUUCACUGAUGAGGAGCUGAGGCCUUUCUUCCCAUUACCAAGGGUACUUGAAGGACUCUUUAAACUUUCUUCUGAGUUGUUUGGAAUAGUCAUUAAGUCAGCAGAUGGUGAAGCAGAAGUUUGGCAUCCGGAUGUAAGGUUCUUUCACAUUAUGGAUGAAAGAGGGUACCACAUCGCGUCAUUUUACUUGGAUCCAUACUCUCGACCGGCGGAAAAGAGCGGAGGGGCCUGGAUGGAUCAAUGUCUCAACAGAAGUGAACUCCUCAACAGAAAACCUGUCGCAUACUUAAUUUGUAACCAGUCCCCUCCUGGUGCGGACGGUACACCUUCUCUGAUGACUUUCCGAGAUGUAGAGACACUUUUCCAUGAGUUCGGACAUGGCCUCCAACACAUGUUAACUACAGUGCCUUACUCGGAUGCCGCUGGAAUUCGAAAUGUCGAAUGGGAUGCAGUAGAGCUUCCUUCGCAGUUCAUGGAGAAUUGGCUGUAUGAUAAAACCACCAUGAAUUUUGUGAGUGGCCAUCACCGCACUAACGAUACCUUACCAGAUGAACUAUUCCAACAGGUUUGCAAAGCUCGUAGAUUCAUGGCCGGGUCACAGAUGUUACGUCAGUUGUAUUUCGGAGCACUCGACAUGGAGCUGCACACAAGUUCCGAGCCGUGGCUUGCUGUCCUUGAACGGAUCUCUAGCAAAUACACUGUUCUUAAACCACUUGAUCAAGACAGAUUUCCCUGCUCGUUUCUUCACAUCUUUGCAAGUGGAUAUGCUGCUGGAUAUUACUCUUACAAAUGGGCAGAGAUGAUGUCUGCUGAUGCCUUUAGUGCAUUCGAAGAAGUCGGUCUUACCAACAGAAAAGAGCUGAGUACAAUAGGAAAAAGGUUCCGCGAUACUAUACUGGCCAGCGGUGGUGCCCGCCACCCUCGUGAUGUUUUUCAGGACUUUCGUGGGCGACCAGUUGCCUCUGACGCCUUGCUGAAAAGUUACGGGCUUCAAUGAUAAGAACAAAGAAUACAUCGCUUUCACGUGAAGUAACGUCGGCCAUAUUGAUGCUGCGAAUCGAAAAAUCGUCCAACCUUGUAUUGCAAAUUGACUUAUCCAGUGAGAAUUAAACCAAGCCGUAGGCCAGACUUGACCCCACGUCAAGCUGAUGCCAUCAAACUCAGCUUCUGAUUAACGUCUUUUUCCACACAAGUGCUACCUUGACAUGCCAGUUCACUGCAUAUCCACCACGUUGACUAACACUUACCGCUGAAUCACUUGUAUUGUGCAAACCUCACGUGCUGAUUGACUAACCUACCCGUUAACAAAGAAAAAGAGUCGUACAAAUCCCGCCAUUCUCCAGUGAAAGUGUAACGAGAGAGAAAAAAGACAUUUUAGACGCAGUGAAAUUCAUAAGUUAACUUUCUAUCAGUCUCGAGCUCAGAAUCUCGAGUUGUAAUUGGUUUGGGCCUUCCUUUCUUUGUGAUUGUGGAGGCAAAGAGGAGAAUUUUAAGCCCGCACUAGUAAAUUGGUGGGUCUGAUGCUAUGUUGUCAUUAGAGCAAUUUUGACUGGAAUGUCAAAUUAAUACGGGAUUACUCUUUUUUUCUUCACCUCGCCCUGUGAUUGGUCCAGAAAACUGGGGCCGUCCCCCAACCAAUGAGAUUCAAAUCGAAUACCAAUCAUGGUUUAAUCAACCGCGUUUUCCCGCGUUAUUGGUAGUUCGCCUGUUUUGACUGAGUUCUCAUUGGCUAAUGAUGUUGUCAUCCUUUUGUCACGAUUGGCUGUACUGAUUACUUUUAAUUGGUUUCCCUUUUUUGAUAGUCAAUUGAAAACUACCCUUUUGUGUCAGCAACAGAACGCCUGUUUUAACGCCCUUUUUAUUGCUUGAUUUGUCUCAUACUGCGCUAGACCAGUGAUCAAGACCGGCUCGUACGAACUAAAAGUCACACGUGAAGGACUGCUCACUUUUGUGCGUGUUUCUCGCGUUCACAUACCGCGCCUGCUGGGCAAACUUUAAGUGAGGUGGAGAUAUUUGAAGGAAAGACAAGGAUGCAUCUAAUUUUGUUAGGAUCACGUCUGGUGCGAGAUUCAAGGGUGCAUCCAAACAGUCCACAGCAAAGAUUUCAGUUUUUUAGUUGUUAAAAAUAGCUCGUUUCAACCUCGAACCAUCAACUUAACAAAUGAACACUUUCAUCACGGAUGUCAUUGCUUCGGAUGGCGUUAAUCACUUCUUAGUAAGUAACGCCUUUCCACAUGUACACAAGCGAGUGGCUGUGCUAUUCUGUGGCUUAUUAAUGGAAGUCCCAACCUUUUGGUUGUAAACAAGUGUAGCAAACAA